AUGAAGACACUUGUUGAUCUUACAGCUGUAACGGAAUAUGUGAAGUUGCGCGAGCGAUAUCGAGCACAUCCAAAAUGCAAGAGACCGUGCUUGCAAGCGAGUCUGGCCAUCGCGAAGUCCAUGGGCAAGAAACCUCAUUUUGCCCGCCGCAUACGUCGUAAUGAGCAUUACCUGCUCCGUCAUCAUCAUCUCCCUUUGCCCCGGUGCCGUACUCGUCAUGGUGGACAACAUUCACUACUUGACAAUGAGGAUGUCAUGCAGAAGGUCCGCGUGUAUCUUGCUGCAAAGAAUCUCGGCGAUAUCACACCGCGUUCACUCAUGCGCGAAGUGAACAAUGUGAUCGCACCUGCACUGGGGUACACUGGGAAAGAAAGCAGCAUUUGUGAGCGUACAGCGCAGAAUUGGCUUCGGAAACUGGGGUAUACAUGCAAAGAUGUCAAAAAGGGACUUUACUUCGAUGGCCACGAACGUCCAGAUGUCGUCGCAGCUCGCACUGAAUUCUUGGCAGAGAUGGAAAGAUACGAGAGGCUCAUGACUCGAUACGAUGGCCCGGACCUUGAGAGUAUUCCACCAAAGUUGAAUCCUGGAGAGAAGGAGCACGUAUGGAUUGCACAAGAUGAGACCAUCUUCCAUACAAACGAGUACAGGAGGCGCAUGUGGUUGAAGGCUGACCAGCAGCCCAUCAAAAAGAAGGGCAAUGGCCGUGCGAUACACGUCUCCGACUUCAUCUGCGAGCCAUCAGGUCGCCUUGCACUGAAUGGCGUGCAGCGGGCAGAACAAGAGGCGUUGCCGGCAGAGCAACGUCUUCAAGUCACUGAUGCACGGAAAAUAAUCUACCCCGGCAAAAACCAUGAUUCGUGGUGGGACUUGCCCCAGCUGAUCACACAGCUCCGACAUGCAAUCAAAAUAUUCAAGGUCAUGUUCCCAGACAAGAUUGGUGUCUGGGUCUUUGACUGCUCGGCAUCUCAUGAAGGCUUCGCUGUGGAUGCACUGAAUGUAAACAACAUGAAUGUCGGCCCCGGUGGAAAGCAAACAUGUCUCCGGGAUACAAUCAUACCCAAAAGUAAUCCGGCUCCGAGGCCAGGCCGAGCAGACACCCGUGGUCAGAAGCAGGUCAUGGUGUUUCCUGCCGAUUACCACGACAAAGAGCUCCAAGGAAAGGCAAAAGGCAUGGUACAGGUUUUGAAGGAGCGUGUUUCAGUUUGGGACAUCUAUCAGGAGAAAGCGGAGACACGGAAGCCGACGAAGAAAGGCAAAGAAUUCAAACCCCUGGGGAAGUGUCAGAUGUGCACAAAAUCACAGGCUAAACUUGAUGCUGAACGCCGGAUCGCAAUCGCCGAAGCAACUGGGCAGGACACAUCAGUGACUGAUGAUGAUGUCGCAGCAGCAAACGGGCCUGACUUGGACACGGCACGUGAAGAUUGGUGUUGUGUAUACCGAGUGCUCUCUCUGCAAGAAGACUUUGCAAAUGAAAAGCCAUUAAUCCGACAGGUGCUCGAGCAGGAAGGACAGGUAUGUAUGUUUCUGCCGAAAUUUCAUUGCGAAAUGGAUCCUAUCGAAAUGGUUUGGGGUUAUGCAAAGUACCGCUAUAGGGAUGCUGCGGAUGGUAAAUUCAAGACCGCAAAGGAUCUUGUUCCCCAUUGUCUUGAUUCUUGUGAUCUCGCCACAAUACGACGGUUUUUUCGCAAAUCGUGGCGAUAUGUUGACGCCUAUCGCAAGGGUCUCAAUGUGGAACAGGCUGCAUUUGCAAACAGAAAGUAUAAGCAGCAUCGCCGCGUAGGUGUUCCAGCGGAGGUCAUUGCUGCAAUGCAGCUGGAGAACCGCAGAUGA